UCAGACUUUGGUGAUCUAAUUGUAGCUGGUACAAUAACAGCAGCAAUGCUUAUCGAUUUCGUCCCCAUUAAAAAUGCGGCUUACAAGGUGGAACAAGCCGUGCAGUACAUGGCCCACAGGCAGUCGCAAAAUCCUGCUGGGUAUAGGCGGUGCCGGGAAGCCGGGCAGGUUGAUUCAAGGAACAACCUGUUGACAUUCAACAAGGGGUGUUUUUAUUUAUUAUUAGAUGAGAUUUUUGUACCCAGCCAUUCAAUAGGCACAAAUAUUGGCGUGCUCAUGGCUGCUGUCAUGACCAUCGAUGGGAAAUACACGACUCCCUUAUAUUCGGUGAUUCACGCAAGUGAUUCACCUACAAAUUACCACAUAGCUUCGGUAAUACAGAUCUGCGUGGAUGAAAUCCGAAAGGUGGGCAGGGAGAAUGAAUUCAUUGCCAUCAUCACUGAUGGCAAUGCUGUAAAUUUUGCAGGCAUUGAUCAGGUAGCUCUAGAUACCCGUCGCUCACUAGUGAGCCUAUACUGUUUCACGCAUUUAAAAAAUAUUUGGUAUAGGACAGAUGCGAGGUCGAAAGACAUUCAUCUGGAAGGCGUUUACCUUCGGCAAGUUUGGGAGCAGGAUAAAUUUGAAGAAGAGUUAGAGAAAGCCAAAAUUCAGUCGCUUAGUGAGGCGGAUGAGCCGAGGUACUGCCCGCUUAUUGAGAAGCAAUAUAGUAAUAUAGAAAGAUGCUUGCAGAAAAUGUUUUCCAAUGAAUGUCUCCACGCUAAUGUACAAUAUGCAAAUAACGACCGGAUUGAGCACAUCGGUUCUAUAUAUAAGAAAGUAUUCCAAAAAAUUCAUCAAAUUGAAACGGAUCAUUCUUUAUUCGAUACCGAGUACAAAGUCCGUGCCUAUUAUCACGACAUAUUGAAGUGUCUCUCAAGGAUAAUAUAUUAAUAUUGAACUUGUUGAGGCACUUCAAUAUGUUGUGGUUAUGGUGGUCGUUAUUUGCAUGUCUAAGUUAGUUGUUAGGGUAUUCAUUGGUAAACAUUUUCUGUCAGUAAGCGGGUGGCGAAACACGUAUAGGCCAAUCAAUUUUAAUUCCUAUAUCAUUUCGUCCAAUUUUUGGAAAAUUUUCUCUCAAUAAUAAUAGUAUUUAUCUACCUAUCUUAAAGCAUUCUCCAAGUUUCCAUGUUAGCGUGUAUUUCCACGCGGAAAAUGCCUUCCAAAAUUUUCUUAGUGGGGUCUCUGUUAAAUCUCUGAUUUAACCACGAAUUAUCCAAUAAGGAUUUCCAGUUAGAGUACAAUUUCUCAUCUCAAUAAUAGGUAGAAACUGCCCCCUAGGUCAUGUGUAAUCAACCUGCCCGGUACGCAAAUUGGAUGCUGACUAUUGAGUGUGAUGCGCGUCUGGUCAGCACGAUGCCCGGAAGGAAAAGAGAAAAAGCCAGGGACGGGAAGCGCCCAGGGCUA